ACUUUAUAUUAAUAAUUAAAUUGAUUAUUUGUAUUUAAUAUAGGAAUAAGUGGGGACAGUUAGGUCUGGACCCCAAGGUAUACGUAGUUUGUGAUACACCCCAAGUCAUACCUGUCGACGAAAAGGUGAAAACAAUUUGCUGUAAAUUCUGGUCAAGUCUUAUAGAGACGGAAAGGGAGCCCACGCCUGAUGAGUGAACGCAUACCACACACAUACCGGUGCUGAUGAGGGGACUGGCAUUCAAUGCAACAAACUAUUCAUAAACUGUUUGAUAACUCAUAACUGAAUUUACAUUUCAUAAGCGUUUGGCACAAAAAAAAUCUAAUGAUUUCAACGGAGAGCUAAUUGUUUGCGAAAAAAAACUAAAUGUUUGAAUACUUUUGAGACUAAUUUAUGGACACAAUUACU